AUUUAGUUUGGCGCAAGCCCUCUAGUCAUGCGAUUCGAGCUGAGGUGGAUGGCCAUCCUCUUGGGCUCACUUCUGACUCUGGGGAAGACGGAAUGGCCAAUCGAUCCCUGCCAGAAUUUCUAUAAAGCCGCCUGCGGCAACUGGUCCACCAUUCACGCCGAAGAUCCAUACUCGAGCUUGGUGGAACAGUUGGACUUUGAUUACCAGGAGAAGUUGGCCGAGCUGUUGGAAAAUGAAGAGCAGGUCGAGGAGCCCCGCUUCCUGCAGCUGCUCAGGGACUUCUACGCCUCUUGCCGGCGACCGCUGACUAAGGAUCAGGUGCUGGGAUUCCUGGAAAGGCUGAUCGAAAUGCCAAGCCUUGGGGAGGAAGAGCUCACCGUGGGCCUAACCGCCGCCUUUCGUGUUGGAGCUCUCUUGGAUUUGACGAGUUUCGAUCUGGAAAAAAUAUGGCAGGCGCUCCUGUUCCGCACGGAAGAUUGGAACCCAAAUGAAACGAACAGGGAGCCUUUGACUGGCCAAAAGUUUGAUCUUCUGUGGGCAGGCGGGCUAGGAGGAGCCGAUUUAAGGAGGGACAUCUUUUGGCAAGAGCUGAGCUGGCUGGAAUCCCAAGUGAUGAACACUUCGUCGAACGAAGCCUCUGACGGGGCCCCUGCCUAUUGGAUGCUGCCCUGGCCGGAGUUCAGGCCCGACUACAGGCGGUUGGCCCGUUUGCUGGCCAACAAGUCCAAGCGAUUUAUACUCACCUACAUCUACCUGAGGCUAAAGCUAGUCCACGGGCCCGGUGAGUCUUGGCGCAUAGGACGCGCCGAGUGUGCCGACCACACCAGACAGAUCCUGACCCACCCUUCGGUUUGGUUGGUGGAGAGGAGCCAUCCCAGGCUCGGGGAGGAGUCCGUUCUGCAGGACAUUUUCCAGGAACUCAAGCACCGCUUCGGCCAGAGACUCCGAGCCAACAGAAAUAACUUCUCCAAGCAAACGCAGCAGUUUCUGCUCUCGAAACUGGACAGGAUGACGUUGCGUCUGAGUGUCCUCCCCAGGAGGUGCUCGGAAAGGAGCUUGGAGCAGCGUAUCAACAGGCACUACGAGGAUGUCCACCUCAGCCCCACCGACUACUUCGGCAAUCUCUUGGUCGGCCUGAAGCACUCGAGGAUGCAAAGGGACCAGUACGACCUUUUGUCCAUGAUUUCCGGGCCUGCCUCCAGGAACAGCUUGUACCCCGUGCGGGCCUACCAGUACGGCACCUAUGCCUCGCCCUUCUACCUCGUUGAGAGCAACAUGCUGCUCGUGCCCCUGUCCCUGCUGGGGCCGCCCCUCUACACACCCCAGCAGCCCCAGAUACUCACCUACAGCGCGCUGGGCUUCGUGCUGGGCCACGAGCUGAGCCACGGCUUCGAUCCCGAGGACGUGGUCCUGAACUCGCGGGGCACAGCCAGCUCCACGGUCAGGAGGGAGCUCAGGAAGAACCGGCGGUUCCAGCGCGAACUCAACUGUCUGAAGGGCCGCUUCGGAAGUAGACUUAAUGAAAAGUUCGCAGACGGCAGCGGCCUGGAUCUGGCUUAUUCCGCCUACUUUGACACCGCCCAAACGGAUGGGAAGAAGGAUCGAAAGGCCAGGGACUCCGCCGACCAGAAGCAGCAGUUCUUCCUCAACUUCGCCCAGUUCUUCUGCUCCAGUGCUGACCUUUCGGAGGACAGUGCGGACCAUGGCAGCGACAGGCGAAGGGUCAACGAUGCGGUUUUCAACUUGCAUGCCUUCCAAGAGGCUUUCGGCUGUCGGACCUCGCAAAGUCGAAGACAGUGUCGCUUGUUUUAAUUUGAUUAAAGCCCGUCAGUCGAUGAACCGCCAUUAAAAGUAAGA